GCUGGGAGGACCGACCCGGCGGGGACCUGCUGGGGGCAGGACCCGGGGAGCAAGAUGGCCACGGUCAUCCCCGGCCCCCUGAGCCUAGGCGAGGACUUCUACCGCGAGGCCAUCGAGCACUGCCGCAGCUACAACGCGCGCCUGUGCGCCGAGCGCAGCCUGCGCCUGCCCUUCCUCGACUCGCAGACCGGCGUGGCCCAGAACAACUGCUACAUCUGGAUGGAGAAGACCCACCGCGGGCCCGGUCUGGCCCCCGGACAGAUCUACACGUACCCUGCCCGCUGCUGGAGGAAGAAGCGGAGGUUCAACAUCCUGGAGGACCCGCGCCUGCGGCCCUGCGAGUACAAGAUCGACUGUGAGGCGCCCCUGAAGAAGGAGGGCGGCCUCCCGGAGGGGCCGGUCCUCGAGGCUCUGCUGUGCGCCGAGACGGGGGAGAAGAAGAUGGAGCUGAAGGAGGAGGAGGCCGCCCUGGACUGUCAGAAACAGCAGUUGCUGGAGUUCCCGCAUGACCUGGAGGUGGAAGACCUGGAGGACGACAUUCCCAGGAGGAAGAACAGGGCCAAAGGAAAGGCAUACGGCAUCGGGGGCCUCCGGAAACGCCAGGACACCGCUUCCCUGGAGGACCGAGACAAGCCGUAUGUCUGUGAUAUCUGUGGCAAGCGGUAUAAGAACCGCCCCGGGCUCAGCUACCACUACACCCACACCCACCUGGCCGAGGAGGAGGGAGAGGAGAACGCUGAGCGCCACGCCCUGCCCUUCCACCGGAAGAACAACCACAAACAGUUUUACAAAGAACUGGCCUGGGUCCCCGAGGCACAAAGGAAACACACAGCCAAGAAGGCGCCCGACGGCACUGUCAUCCCCAACGGCUACUGCGACUUCUGCCUGGGUGGCUCCAAGAAGACGGGGUGUCCCGAGGACCUCAUCUCCUGCGCAGACUGCGGGCGAUCAGGACACCCCUCGUGUUUACAGUUCACGGUGAACAUGACGGCGGCCGUGCGCACCUAUCGCUGGCAGUGCAUUGAGUGCAAAUCCUGCAGUCUGUGUGGCACCUCGGAGAACGACGGUGCCAGCUGGGCGGGUCUCACCCCCCAGGACCAGUUGCUGUUUUGUGACGACUGCGAUCGGGGUUACCACAUGUACUGCCUGAGUCCCCCCAUGGCGGAGCCCCCGGAAGGGAGCUGGAGCUGUCACCUCUGCCUUCGGCACCUGAAAGAGAAGGCCUCUGCCUACAUCACCCUCACCUAGGCCUGGCUCUGCCUCUCCUGGGCCUCUGGGGUGGUGCUCGCCCACCUGCCUCUCCGGGUCCUCCUCUCGCCCUUGCCACCCAGAUGUCCCACAGUGGUGGGGGGCCGGGCCGCCUCUCCCCUCUGUGCGAGCGGAAUGUUGGCCCUGUGGGUUGGUGGGCCCAGUAGGGCCCCUCUCCCUGCCUCCCUCCCCAUCCCUUGGCAAAUGGGCACCAGGAACUUCCGCUCCCCUCAAAGCCAUACCCCGCCUCUGGGCGGGCACAGUGGGGUGGAUGCCAGCCAGGGGCUUGGACAGAGCCUUUUUCUAAAGAAAAAGACAAAAAGUUAAAAAAAAAAAAAAAAGAAAUUAAUAUAUACAGAGUCCGCUAAGGCCUGGCUGGAGGGAGGGGCACUGCUGAGCGCGUCCACUGGGCACCAGUCCCUGCCAGCUUCCUGUCUGGCGCCCCCUUCCCCCCCAGUUUCUGCAGCUGCAGCUGUCCCACCUCCCCACCCAAGGUGGGCACCAUCCCCCCGUUGUGAGCACGCUGAGCGGGCAUGGUGUCCACCCCUCCCGCUCCCGGUGCCCACCGUGGAUACUGCAUGAUGUGAACCGUGGUUUUCCGAACUCUGUUCCCGCCCCUCCCUGACAGCCCUGCCCUGUGCCCACCACAUGCCCGCCAGGGCUGGGGGUGGUGCCCGGCGGCGGGGCAAGGCGGGUCCCUGCCCAGCGCCUGCUGGAAUGAGAAGCACAGACUGCAAUGGACUCGUUCUCCCCCUCCCCGGCCCCCCUCCCCACCCGGCCAGGCCGGGCUGCCCCUGCUGCCCUCGCUGGCCAUUUUGGGGAUGGCGAGGGGGUGUGGUUGUUUCUUGUGGUUGUGUGUGUUUGUCGUUCGGGUUUAAAAAAAAAGGGAACUUGAGACUGCAAACGGGGGAGGUGGUGGGCUUGGGGGGUCUCCCCCCCAUCCAGGAGCACCCCUCCUUGUAAAGAGUCUCCUUUAUUGCCUGCCUCUGCUGUGAAUUAACUUGUUCUGUGUAUUAAACCGGGCCUGACCCCUCUGC